GGACCGGAUGCGUUACAUCCUGCGGGACAAAGAGCUGCUCUGUUUCCACUUCGCAUACACACACGCAUACGCACACGCGCGCGCAUGCACGCACGCACGCGUGCGCGCGUGGAGCAGCUUCAGUUUGGCUCGUGCACUUGGACUUGCGGCGCCAUUUCUGACUUUACAGCUUCAGAGUUUUUAAAUAAAAAGUGAUGAAAACUUUGAGGACAUCCAUUUAUUCUCUUUUGUGCUAGAGGAUGUACUGAGCUCUCUACAUCGGUGGGACACACACACACACACACACACACACACACACACACACACACACACACACACACACACACACAGGGGCUCGGAGUGUUGACAUUACGGACGUUCAGAUGUGUUCACUUCGCUCCAGAGAACUUUACAUUCCCUUAUUGAGCGACUAUGGAGCCGAGAGCUCAGGACAGCGGCAGUGGCCUUCUCUCCCUGCACCAGAUCCAAGCUGUCCACUCCUGCAACGAGUACACUGAGAGUCCUUCCACCUGGCCCCACACACAGAUCUCCGACUCUGCCCCUGAUGAAGGUCCUGUGCCAGGUCCAGACGAUCACACUCAGGAUUCUUCACAUUCACUUCAAAGUGCUCACAGGUCUACUGACACCGGGCAACCUUCAGAGCAAGAGACUGUGGUACACAAAGGUGAAACUGUAGAAAAGGAACAGCCAGAGAAUGACAAAGAGGAAGUGCAGAAGGGAAUCUUUGUGAUAUCUACUCAGGAGAUAAGCAUUCUGGGAAAUCUGGGCACAAAUUUGACAACGGUAAAGGAACAACCGAGGAGCUUCGGACCGAAAAAGGAGGUGUUGGAGGUAUGUGAAAGUUUUAUCUCAGAGCAGUGGAGUGUGGAAAGUGUAGGCAAACUAGACGUGGCAAUACAGGAGCAGCCCAAGAGCUGCAACUCAAAACACGAAGAGUUAAAUCUGCUAGUAAGUGCUUCCACAGAUCAAAAGAAUUUAAAAUUGGAAUCAAAACAGGAAACAACAAAGAAACUCAACAGGAAGCACCCAAGCCCAUGUGAUCACUGCAGCCGCUGCAAGUGUAGGGAUUGUGCCGCUGAGACGCCCCUUCCGUCCUGCUGGCUGUGUGGGAGUCGAUGCUUGUGCUCGGCAGAGGCCCUGGUGGAGUAUACCACUUGUGUUUGCUGCCUCAAAGCACUGCUCUACCACUGUUCCAACGAUGAUGAGGAUUCCAAUGCAGAUGCUCCGUUUUCCUGCCGUGAGUCCGGGAGGUGUACACGAUGGAGUUCGGCGGUAGCUAUGGCAUUCGUCCUGCCCUGCAUGCUGUGUUACGCCCCUGCCCGAGGCUGCCUGGCACUCUGUCAACUCUGCUAUGCCCAUACCCACCGGACUGGCUGCAGGUGCGCAAGUCAACCUGUCAACCAUGUUUUCUGAUUUGUUUUCUUUCUUUAGGCACUGAUGGAGAUGAUGUUUGUUUUCUACUGUGUUUGUUGCUUGUGUGUUCUUUAUUUAAUAAUAGGAUGUGACAAGCAAUGACUAGUAGUUUUUAUUCAGACUCUGUUUUUAGUUCUAACUUAUUAUUUUUCUUUUGUCACUCAGUUUUUCAUUGAGGUUGUGACUAUCAACAUUUUACUUUCAGCACUGUAGUCCAGGAAAUGUGGCAAAGUGGGAAAUGGUCUGGUUCUAUAUUUCUGUUUGCAUUGUUGUGUGAUUUUAACAGACAUGUUCAUUUGUUAGAGCAUGUAGUACAGAUGUAGUUUUGACACUGUUGAUGAAAAAAAAACAGAAGAAAGCAGUGAUUUCACUUAGUAAUUUGCUUCGACUAAUGACCAUGAAUAUGAUCAUAUUUAACUCAGGAAUUUGAUUAUAUUGCUAUAAUAUAUUUUGAUAUAACCAAUAAUAACACUUAUUACACUUAAAGUAUAUAUUUGAGUUGUUAAAAAGUGUCAUGUCCUACCUGCAGACCUCGACAGAUCUUUAUAUAUAUAUAUAUAUAUGUGUGUGUGUGUGUGUGUGUGUGUGUGUGUGUGUGUGUGUGUGUGUGUGUGUGUGUGUGUGUGUGUGUGUGUGUGUGUGUGUAUGGAGCAUGUAUGGUGCAUUUAUUAGUGCUGUACAUGCAUUUCAAACAUGUUUGCUUUAAAUGGUUUGAAUUAUCCCUGAAGCAAUACUUGUAAAAUUGUAAAGUGAAAAAAAUAUGAUGUCAUUUUAAUUUUCUUGGUAUAAAGGAUAUUUAUUUUAAGUUUUUAUUAUACAAGAAAAUAUUUAUUUUUCCAAAGGCACCUAACAUGCUAACACUGGGAAGUAUAAAUGCUGUAAAUAAUGCAAAUAAGACUGCCAUGUGUGACGCUUAUAUUCAUUAUGAAGUAUAUAAAAUAUAUGAAUGUUGUUGAAAUUAAA